GAAAUCAAGAAGUAAAUGCUGAGGAGUUUUUCCACUUUCUUGAUUUUUAUUUAUCUUAUUUAAAGGAAUGGAUUCUUUUCAGAUCGUCCGAAAGAGAUGAUAAAUAGACCUGCAGGGAUAUGAAAGAUACAUGAUGAAAUCUAGGUUUCUUCAAAUGAUUUGUUUCUUUUUAGCACAUGACAAAAAUGUUUUUGCAUUCAUUAAGAUGUCGGUUUCACCGUCUGGUCCAAUAAAAAUUAAUCAGACUGUUUCUAUACAAUGCGCCUUGAAGGAUGAUACAGUCGCGGCUUUCUUUUACACCAGUGCAAACGUUUAUAUACCAUUCUGUGGUCUCUCGGGCCACACUUCAGGUGCAGAGUGUAAACCAAGUGAUUGCGCUAUAGCGUACAAUGCAUCAUGUCUCAAUGAUACGAUAUUCAUCGUACAAUAUCCUGUUCCUCUCAGCUGGAAAGGAACAAGUGUUUACUGCAGGGGUUUACUGUCUGAUGAGAGAAGUAAUGAAGUCAAAUUGACUGUUCAAGAUCAUGGCUUAGAUCCACCAUCCUCAAGCCCUGUCAUCAAAGCCUCCCCACCUGGAUUUCAGUAUGACAGCGGGACAAAUAUAACCUCUGAUAACCACAUCAUAGAGAUUACUGCUGGUGUAGUGGGGGUGGUCAUGUUCGUCAUACUCUUCACAGUUCUUGUGGUCUUUGUGUGGAGAGACAGAAGUAUAAAAAUGAAGGAUAUGUCUGAAAAUAAAUCUGUUAAUAAAAAAUAGAGGUAAACAAGGAGAAAAUAUUAUGCUAGUUUUGUUCACAAACUGAUUUUGAGUGAAAUAUUUCUCCAAUUUACACGCAUCUACAGUUGAACACUUUUAACGUUUCAUGAAAUAGAUUAAGUAUAGAAUUUACUUCUUGACUUAAAAUACAAAUCAUUUGUUUGGAAAAACUUGAUUAAAUCUCUUAGAUUUAUAAAAUAGUUCGAUUAAAAAAACCAUUGUCAUAAACAUAAAUCACUUCCUAUUAAAGCAGUGUUUUUGUCAACCAAUUUAAUCUAAAAUCAUGCAGUACAUUGUAUAAUAGAGCUUCGUCUUUAUUGGUUGGCCCUAUACUACUUAUGUUAUUGAUGAUAGAGUGCAAUAUAUUUUGAUUGGGUCCUUUUCUCCAGGUCAACAUAUACAGAAAGAAACGUAAGUGGAAUAAUUCAAUUGACAAGUGUAAUCUGUACUCUGUGUUAUGUACCAAAUCUAUUUUUUGCUUCCGUAGUGCUUUAAAAACACAAAUAUCUCUCACAUAUUAAAGGUUUUGAAUGCUUUAUG